AUGUCGGCUUUUCCAGGUGGUCUGCCGCCAGACAUACAUCUACUGAUAAUGUCAAACAUCAACUGCCCCCGAGACCUCCGCUCGUGGAUAGCCGCAAACCCACAGGCUUUCAAGCAGGUCACUGACUAUAAAUCCGCAGUACUCGGGAAUUAUAUUGAUUGCAACCUGCUCCCCGAGUUGCUGGCCGUCGUAAGACUCCGACAAAUGCAUACACGAAACCCCGUAAAGCCGACCACCGACGAACUCGUCGAGUUGGUCCGCGAGUUGGUGGCCGGCAUUGGUCCACGUGCACCUGAUCAUUUAUGGCCCGAAGACAUUCGUUCUGUCCUAGGCCUGCUAAAGGUCAUCGAGGAGGUCUGCAUCGUACUCUCAGGGCUGUGGGUUCACGACUAUGAAAACACCGAGCAAUAUUACUUUCUACCCUGGCGAUUUUUGCCAUCCUCUCGCCGGAGUCAAAGCGAAUGGACAACCGAACCUGAUGAUGCGGAGAACCUCUUCUACAAACAACGCGCGGUGUUGUGCUUCGAGAUCUAUGUUCAGUCCCUAUAUCUGGGCAGAGCUCCGGAUGAAAGCAGCUCAGAGCUUGAAUUAUGCUGCUCUCUGGACAUGAUUCUUUGCACGUGGGAAUUAGAGGAAGGGCUCUUUCCCGUUUGGCAGUGCUUCGACAAGAUCGUCAAGUUCUUUUACCGCAGAUACGACGAGUACCUGUGGUUGGUCUUGCAUUGUUUUACGAGAUCCGACACAAAGCUUUGGACAAGCAGUCAGAGCACGCGAUACGACUUAUCAUUCGGCGAAACUUUCAUGGACACGGCUGUCCGUGAAACAAACGUCAAAAGACUUAGAAGCAAUACCCAACAAUACAAUUUCCUCCUUUGA